AUGGCGUUGGAUUCAUCUGAAGUUGAAGUGGAGGUUGGUUGGAAAUCUGAAAGAACUCUAGUCCUCGUUGGUCGAACCGGGAACGGGAAAAGCGCAACGGGAAACAGCAUCCUAGGAGAAACUAAGUUCCUAUCAAAAGCAAGAGGAAGAUUCAUUACAAAAGAGUGUAAGCUACAUAAAUCCGAGCGACCAAAUGGUCUAACCAUCAAUGUUAUCGAUACUCCUGGUUUGUUUAGUGCUUCUUCCACAACAGAUUUCACCAUCAGAGAAAUCGUUAGAUGCUUACGUUUAGCUCAAAACGGUAUAGACGCAGUGCUUCUUGUUUUCUCUGUGAGGAACCGGUUAACGGAAGAGGAACAAUCCACGCUUCGCACGUUAAAGAUCCUUUUCGGAAGCCAGAUCGUUGACUAUAUGAUUGUUGUUUUCACCAACGGAGAUGCAUUCGAUGAUGGAGACACUCUUGAUGACUAUCUAGAGGAUUGUCCUGAGUUUCAGGAAAUUCUCAAGGAAUGUGAUGACCGUAAGGUGUUGUUUGACAAUAGACGUAACAUCUCUGAAUUCAAGAAAGAAAAACAAGUCCAAGAACUUCUCAACCUCGUCGAACAAAUCUCAAGAAAGAACAAUGGAAAAUCUUAUAUGGCUGACUUAACACUUGAGCUCAAGGAGAACGAGGCAACGUUGGAGGAAAGACAGAAGGAGAUUGAAGCAAUGAAAGGCACGUCUUCGAGACAAGAGAUAUCACAAGUGAAGAAGGAAGUAGAGAAGUCGUAUAACGAAAUGCUCCAAGGGAUUAAAGAGAAGAUCUCUAACCAACUGAAAGAUUCAUUGAGGGAUGUGAAAGAACAAUUAGCCAAGGCACAAGUAGCGAGAGAGGCAACAGAGAAAAAGAUGAGCGAGAUUCAGAAACUUUCUUCUGAUGAGAUUAGGAAGCUUAGAGAACAACUCAACAAAGCUGAGAGUGAGACUGCUUCUUUGCGCAGAGAACUCAACAAGAAAUGCUCUGUUCUUUAA